AUGCCCAAAGGCUCUGAUGACACAUGGGCUCAGAAACUUUACAACACCUUCCUGAAGAAAAGUGAUCUUUUUGACAAACCUCGUAUGUCCAACAAAGCCUUUAUCAUCCUCCACUUUGCAGACAAGGUGGAGUACCAGUGUGAGGGAUUCCUGGAGAAGAAUAAGGACACUGUCAAUGAAGAGCAGAUUAUUGUGCUCAAACUAAGCAAGUUUGAGCUGCUGUUGGAGCUGUUCAGCGACGAGGAGAAGCCUGCAGGCUCCCUGACCAGUCGCAGUAAGAUGACACGGCCUGUUCAGGCUCAGAGAGACCACAAGAAGACCGUUGGAACGCAGUUUCGUAACUCUCUACAUCUGCUGAUGGAGACUCUGAACGGAACUACUCCUCACUAUGUACGCUGCAUCAAGCCCAACGACCUCAAAUCCCCAUUCAU